AUGAGUUCGAAAAACAGCACCAGCGCCAGCCGCGAUGGCUCCGCCGGAACCAGCCACGGCUGGCACAAUCGCCAGGCAUAUCGCCAAACCGUCCCUAUUUCAGAAGACGACGACGACAUCCAAAGCGCGCCAUCUCCCAUCACCACCUCUCCUACGGACGAAAAUCACUCUGGUACAGAUCCCUUGGACCUGCCACCGUCUUACGAAGCAUCGGUAUCCCCCAACACGGCCACGCGAGCCACGCCCGAAGCUCGCCGCCCCCAGUCCCCUAUAGAGCUAGAGGAUCUACAUAUCGGCGGUGCGAACGAGAGCGAUACGAUGAGACUGCUGACAGCAGAGGAGUCUCAAAUACAUAUCUUACCAAAUGUUACAGGCUACCGCAAGCAGAACCCUAUGAAGUGGGAAAAUCUCGAGGCAAAUGGCCACUGGGAUCACUUUGACGACAAACCGGGAUGUUUGUGGUCAUCCAGUGGUGGCUUCUUCUUCUCGUCCAGAGGAGGCUGCUGCUGUUCUACUCGAGGCUCUUGCUGCUUCUCCGAUCGUGAGGGCUGCUGUUUUUCUGAUCGCGGCGGGUGUUGCUUCUCUGACCAGGAAGCCUGCUGCUGUGCCAUUGAUGGUGGCUGCUGCUUUGCAAGAGGCGAGUCAUCUUGUUGUGGUUUCUCAAAGAGAGGAAAUGCAAGAGAUAGGGAGUGGAUAGAGUUGGCGUACUGCGGAGCUCUGCCUGCGUUUUUCAGGCGUAUAUGCAAGUGA